UCCCCACAACAACAACUAUCCCUACAACAACAACUCUCCCCACAACAACUGAAGAGUCAACAACAACAACUCUCCUCACAACAACAACUCUCCCCACAACAACAACUCUCCCUACAACAACUGAAGAAGUCAACAACAACUCUCGUAACAACAUCAACUCUCCCCACAACAACUAUCCCCACAACAACAACUAUCCCUACAACAACAACUCUCCCCACAACAACUGAAGAGUCAACAACAACAACUCUCCUCACAACAACAACUAACCCCACAACAACAACUCUCCCCACAACAACAACUCUCCCCACAACAACUGAAGAGUCAACAACAACAACUCUCCUCACAACAACAACUCUCCUAACAACAACAACUCUCCCCACAACAACAACUCUCCCCACAACAACUGAAGAGUCAACAUCAACUCUCCCUACAACAACUCUCCCCACAACAACAACUCUCCCUACAACAACUGAAGAGUCAACAACAACUCUCGUAACAACAUCAACUCUCCCCACAACAACUAUCCCCACAACAACAACUAUCCCUAGAACAACAACUCUCCCCACAACAACUGAAGAGUCAACAACAACAACUCUCCUCACAACAACAACUCUCCUCACAACAACAACUCUCCCCACAACAACAACUCUCCCCACAACAACAACUCUCCCUACAACAACUGAAGAGUCAACAUCAACUCUCCCUACAACAACUCUCCUCACAACAACAACUCUCCCUACAACAACUGAAGAGUCAACAACAACUCUCCCCACAACAACAACUCUCUCCACAACAACUCUCCCCACAACAACUAUCCCCACAACAACAACUACUCUCCCCACAACAACAACUCUCCCUACAACAACUGAAGAGUCAACAACAACUCUCCCCACAACAACAACUCUCCCCACAACAACUCUCCCCACAACAACUAUCCCCACAACUACUAUACCCACAAAAUCUAUCCCCACAACAACAACUCUCCCCACAACAACAACUCUCCUCACAACAACAACUCUCCCCACAACAACAACUCUCCUCACAACAACAACUCUCCCCACAACAACAACUCUCCUCACAACAACAACUCUCCCUACAACAACAACUCUCCUCACAACAACAACUCUCCCCACAACAACAACUCUCCCUACAACAACUGAAGAGUCAACAACAACUCUCCCCACAACAACAACUCUCCCCACAACAACUCUCCCCACAACAACUAUCCCCACAACAACUAUCCCCACAACAACUAUCCCCACAACAACUAUCCCCACAACAACUAUCCCUACAACAACUGAAGAGUCAACAACAACUCUCGUAACAACAUCAACUCUCCCUACAACAACAACUCUCCCCACAACAACUGAAGAAUCAACAACAACUCUCCCCACAACAACAACUCUCCUAACAACAUCAACUCUCCCUACAACAACUCUCCCCACAACAACAACUCUCCCUACAACAACUGAAGAGUCAACAACAAGUCUCCCCACAACAACAACUCUCCCCACAACAACAACUCUCCCCACAUCAACUCUCCCAACAACAACUCUCCCCACAACAACUAUCCCCACAACAACUAUCCCCACAACAACUAUCCCCACAACAACUAUCCCCACAACAACGCUCCCUACAACAACUGAAGAGUCAACAACAACUCUCGUAACAACAUCAACUCUCCCCACAACAACUAUCCCCACAACAACAACUAUCCCUACAACAACAACUCUCCCCACAACAACUGAAGAGUCAACAACAACAACUCUCCUCACAACAACAACUAUCCCCACAACAACAACUCUCCCCACAACAACAACUCUCCCCACAACAACAACUCUCCCCACAACAACUGAAGAGUCAACAACAACAACUCUCCUCACAACAACAACUCUCCUAACAACAACAACUCUCCCUACAACAACAACUCUCCCCACAACAACAGAAGAGUCAACAUCAACUCUCCCUACAACAACUCUCCCCACAACAACAACUCUCCCUACAACAACUGAAGAGUCAACAACAACUCUCCCAACAACAACUCUCCGUACAACAACAACUCUCACCACAACAAUUGAAGAGUCAACAUCAACUCUCCCUACAACAACUAUCCCUACAACAACAACUCUCACCACAACAAUUGAAGAGUCAACAACAACUCUCCCAACAACAACAAAUCUCCCUACAACAACAACUCUCCCUACAACAUCAAUUCUCCCCACAACAACUGAAGAGUCAACAACAACAACUCUCCUAACAACAUCAAUUCUCCCAACAACAACACGACUCCUUACAACAACAACCAAGGAGUCAACAACAACAAGUCUUACUACAGAGAGCACCACUUCUGCACCUUGUGUUAACUGGUCAAAAUGGUAUAAUGAAAAUACACCUACCCUUCGAAUGAGGUCAGACUAUGAAUUAUUGAAGCAAAUGCGCAGAUCACUGUGUUCAAACCCCAAUCAUCAAAUUACAGACAUUCAAUGUGAAGCUGUCAAAUAUCCACAGCGCCCCAUCAGUGAGAUGAAAGAUAAUGUCACAUGUGAUAAAGAGAUAGGCCUUGUGUGUUCUUAUGCUCCAAAGACAUCUGAAGGUUUGAUGUGUUCAGACUACAGGAUAAGAGUUUGCUGUCAGCCUUCCACGCCACACACAACCACUAUAUUCCCUACAACAUCAAGCAUCACCUCCCUCCCGACCACAGAAACCACCCAUCCUCCAUACACCAUCUCCCUCACUACAACUUCCCUUCCGACUACAUCCCACCCUACAUCCACUACAUCCCACCCUACAUCCACUACAUCCCACCCUACAUCCACCACUUCACACCCUACAUCCACUACAUCCCACCCAACCUCCUCCCACCCAACCACACUGACCACCUCCCAUCCGACCACAACCACCACCUCCCACCAGACCACCUCCUUCCCGACCACAGAAACCUCCUCCCUCACGACCACCACUUCCCACCAGACCACCUCCCUCCCAACCACCACCUUCCCGACCACACUGACCACCUUCCUCCCAACCACAACCACCACCUCCCACCCGACCGCAGAAAAGAGCACCAUUCCGAACACAACCACCACCCUCCCGACGACAAUGACCACCUCCCACCAGACCACACCAGCAACCUCCCACCCGACCACAACCUUCCUCCCAACCACAACCUCCCUCCUGACAACCACCCUCCAGACCACACUGACCACCACGUCCCUCCCAUCCGCAACCAUCAUGCACCCGGCAUGUGCACCAGAUCCAAAACCCAAAUGUCAGAAAUCUUCACGUAUUUACAAUGCAGAAGGCUGUGGGAAGUGGAAUUGUUUUUGUCAAUGCCUAAUUUGGGGAGAUCCUCACUACCUCACAUUUGGUGAUACACAGUACGAUUUCUUUAAGAACUGCACUUACACUCUUGUAGAAGAACGGGUUAAAAAACACAAUUUGACUGUGCUAAUUGAUAAUUACUAUUGUUUUCCUGACAUCGCCCUGUCUUGUGCAAAGGGGUUAAUCAUCCUUUAUAAUGGAAGUACUGUAACCAUCUCUACCAGUGGGGAUAAGCAUAUAUCUUUUGAUGGAGUAUUGGUGACUGCUCCCUACAGUUUGAAUGGAAUUGACAUAUAUUCAGAGAAUGAAAGAACAUAUAUUUCUAUUCCGAACAUCCUUGCAAAUAUAAUGACCUCUGGAGAUACCUUUCAAAUUACACUAUCACAUCAAUACUUUCUGAAUAAUACCCAAGGACAAUGCGGCUCUUGCGUAGAACAUGCAGUCGAUGAAUGCAGGCGAAGGAACGGGGAAGUCAUGCCGGCAGACUGCUGCCACGCCACUGCAAAUGACUGGAGGGUUUCUGAUCCAAAUAAACCCUAUUGUGAAUCUGAACCUGAAAACGUGCCGUGUACCAGUCCUCCACCUCCCCCUCCACCCUGUCAUUCUGGAUCCACAAUUUGCGACAUACUUUUAGAAGAACCAUUUGAAGAAUGCAGAAAUUAUUUUCUCCAUGAGAUUUACCGGUAUUACAACACUUGCCUCUUCGACCAAUGCCACACAAAUUUCACUGAAAUUGCCUGUUCCAGUUUGCAAACUUAUGCCACACUUUGUGGAAGCAUCGGCAUAUGUGUUGAUUGGAGAAAGUUUACAAAUGGCCACUGCAAUUAUAGCUGUCCCAAAGGAUUAUCUUACCACUCUUGUGUCAGUCAGGAUGUUGAUCACAGCACGAUUCACCGCAGACGAAAUGGAAACACACCAUCCUCUCUGACAGAGCGCUGCAUGUGUCCAUCAGGAACAAUUCGUUCUAAAAACGGGACAGAAUGCAUAAACACAAGUUGCAUAGACAGUUUAGGAAACCCAAAAUAUGAUGGGGAAAUAUGGAGUGAUCCCACUGAUCAAUGCAUCUUGAAGAAAUGCAAUAAAUCUCAAAUCAUAACUUUUCGGAAUAAGGAUCACUGCUGUUCGUGUUCCUUGAAAACAGAUGGUUGUCAGAUAUUGUCUUAUUCCAAAACUGUCACACUUGCAAAUUCAAGUUGUUCAGCAGAAAUUCAUAUGACAAAGUGUCAAGGAAGCUGCCCUGGAAAUGUUGAAUUUGACACUGUUACUAACAGCAUGGUAAAAGAGUGUACCUGCUGCCAACCUACUGAGACGGAAAAUAGAACAGUGAAUUUCAAUUGUGGAAAAGGAGAUAGUGUGCCUUACAGCUAUACGUACAUAACAUCCUGUGAAUGCAAUAGUAACAACUGUUACAAUAAAGCACUGGCUUAAUCGAGCACAAUUCCUAUUAUCUGCUGAUCCUGAAAUAUAAAAUUAUAACCAAUUUUCAGAUAUCUUUUAAUGAUUUUCUUUAUGUAGCAUUCAGCUGGCUGGUCUCUUUAAAAAUAAGGUAUUUUCAUCUGAUUUUUAUAAAUUGUGGGAUCAUUUGAGUUAUUAAAAUUAAUAAAUGCACUAAAAGA